UGAUGCUUUUUGACUUUCUGCAUUAGUUCUCCUUAUUUAUUUCUUGUUUUCUCCAUUUAAUGGAUGAAAUGAAACUCAGACUUUGGCGCUUUUAAAUAGUAUUCUUGCAAUUCAAGAAAAUAGACUACAUUUAUUGAGGGACUCUUGGUCUGCAUUAAUCCACAGAAUGAGGGUUGAACUAAUAAUGGGGAGAGUUUCAGUUCUUGGUUUCGUUCUUGCAAUUCUUAGCAUCCUAACUAGUGAUUUUGGUUGUAAUGGAGAUGGCCUUUCCAGGACCUGUUCCCAAUCUGAUCUACAAGCUCUUAUUGACUUCAAAAAUGGCCUUCGAGAUUCUGGGAACCGGCUCUCAUCAUGGCAAGGGAGCAACUGUUGUCAGUGGGAGGGUAUCAGCUGCAAUAAUAGAACUGGUGCUGUCAUUUCCAUUGACCUCCACAACCCAUAUCCAGUAAGUUCUGCAUAUUCUUUGAGUACAAGCAGGCCCGAGUUUUGGAACUUGAGUGGUGAGAUCAGACCAUCAGUGCUAAAAAUUAAGUCUUUACAGUACCUGGACUCGAGUCUCAACACAUUUAAUCAAAUCCCAAUUCCUGAAUUCUUAGGAUCCCUGCAAAGUUUGCAAUAUUUGAAUCUAUCAAAAGCUGGGUUCAGUGGAGCAGUUCCUCCAGCUUUGGGAAACCUAUCUAGCUUGCAGUUUCUUGAUGUUUCUUCUGAAUUUUCAGAUCUUUCUGUUAAUAGUUUUGAUUGGGUUCCUGGUCUUGUCUCAAUCAAAUAUCUUGCUAUGACUGGAGUUGACCUUUCCAUGGUAGGAUCCACCUGGGUUGAGGUAUUAAACAUGCUUCCACAUUUGACUGGCUUGUAUCUUUCAAACUGUGGCCUAUCUGGUUCCAUUGCAUCUCUUAAUCCGGUUAAUUUUACUUCACUUGCUGUUCUAGACCUCAGUUUCAACAACUUUAACUCCUUGUUCCCAAACUGGCUUGAAAAUGUUAGCAGUCUAGCAUAUUUUGAUCUAAGUAGCAGUGGCUUGUAUGGUAGUAUACCACUUGGUCUUAGUGAACUUCCAAAUCUUCAGUACUUAAGUCUUGCUAUGAACAAUAAUCUUUCUGCUAGUUGCUCUCGGCUGUUCCAAGGCAGUUGGAAGAAGAUUGAGGUUCUGGAUUUUGCUAUGAAUAAACUUCAUGGUCAACUUCCUGCUUCCAUUGGAAACAUGUCAACCCUCACCAAUUUUGAUCUGUUUGUCAAUAAUGUUGAGGGUGGGAUUCCUAGCUUCAUUGGCAAACUCUGCAACCUGCAAACUUUUGACCUCUCUGGCAAUAAUUUGAUAGGCAGUUUGCCUGAAGUCCUUGAAGAAACAAAUUGUCUUCCAAAUAGUCCGCUUCCAGGUUUAAUGUACUCGAGACUAACCAGCAAUCAUUUAGUGGGUAAUUUGCCAGACUUGUUGGGUCAGCUUGAAAAUCUUGCAGAACUGUCUUUAGACAACAACUUGUUACAAGGUCAAAUUCCUGCUUCUUUAGGCAACUUAAAAAACCUAGCCAAUUUGGGACUUGCAGGGAAUCAACUUAAUGGGACUCUCCCUGAUAGUCUCGGUCAACUUUCUCAGCUCUCUACCUUGGAUGUUUCUCUCAAUAAUUUGGCAGGUUAUAUUUCUGAAGCACAUUUAUCAAGGCUUAGUAACCUGAAAUUCUUGUUCUUGGCUUCCAAUUCAUUAGUUUUCAAUGUCAGUUCGAACUGGUUACCUCCAUUUCAGGCUCAGAAUCUGGAUUUAGGUUCAUGUCAUUUGGGUCCUUCUUUUCCAGGUUGGCUUAGAAAUCAAAAAAAAGUAGUGGCUCUAGAUAUCUCCAAUGCUAGCAUCUCUGAUGCCAUACCCAACUGGUUUUGGGAUAUUACCUCCACCCUAUCAUUGUUAAAUGCUUCUUUUAAUCAGUUAAGUGGCCAGCUCCGAAAUCCAUUCAGUGUAGCUCCAUUUGCAGAUGUUGAUUUCAGCUCCAAUCUUUUGGGAGGACCUAUUCCACUUCCUGAUGUGGAGAUAGAGUUACUUGACCUCUCCAAAAAUCAGUUUUCAGGUCCCAUUCCACAAAAUAUAAGUGAAUCCAUGCCAAACUUGAUUUUUCUCUCUCUUUCAGAUAACCAAUUGACAGGAAAUAUCCCGGUCUCAAUAGGAGAUAUGCUGUCUCUCCAAGUUAUUGAUCUCUCACGCAACAACUUGAUGGGAAGCAUUCCUGCAAGCAUAGGGAAUUGUUCCUUCUUAAAGGCUCUAGACCUUAGUUUGAACAACCUAUCAGGGAUGAUUCCAGUGACAUUAGGCCAACUAAAUCAGCUUCAGUCACUUCAUUUAAGCAACAACAAGCUUUCAGGAAACCUCCCAUCAUCUUUUCAAAAAUUAUCAAGCUUGGAAACCUUGGAUCUUGCAAAUAAUGAGUUAUCAGGUAAGAUUCCAUGGGGUGGAGGUGGCUUUUCAAGGCUUAGAAUUCUCAGCUUAAGGUCAAAUGCAAUUUCUGGUGAAAUUCCCCCCACACUGUCAAAUUUGAGUUCACUGCAGGUCCUUGACCUUGCCGUAAACAAUUUGACAGGCAGCAUGCCAGUCAAUUUUGGAGAUUUUAAAGCCAUGUCUCGUGAGCAAUACAUAAACCAAUAUCUGCUCUAUGGGAAGUACAGAGGCCUCUACUAUCAAGAAAGCUUGGUGGUGAAUAUAAAAGGGGGGCCUAAAAAAUACACUAAAACUCUUUCCUUGGUCACCAGCAUAGACCUUUCAGGCAAUGACUUGCGAGGAGAGUUUCCUGAUAAAAUCGCAAAAUUGGUGGGUUUGGUUUCUUUGAACUUGUCAAAGAACCAAAUCAUUGGCCACAUUCCUCAAGGCAUUUCAAACUUGCGGCAAUUGUCAUCUCUUGAUCUCUCGAGCAAUGAGCUUUCAGGUGCAAUUCCUUCUAGCAUGUCCUCAUUAUCAUUUUUGUCUGCCUUGAAUUUGUCAAAGAAUAACUUCUCUGGCAUGAUCCCUUAUACUGGUCAAAUGACAACGUUCCCUGCUUCCUCUUUUGCUGAGAACCCUGGUCUAUGUGGAGCUCCAUUAAUCCUUAAAUGCUUAGGUGAUGAUUCAGAUAGAGGAGGGACUGUUAUAGAAGAAACUAGCAGUGAUGGCUUCAUUGAUAAAUGGUUUUACCUGAGUGUUGGUCUGGGAUUUGCAGCUGGGAUUCUUGUUCCUACGCUAAUUUUAGCAAUAAGAAAACCUUGGAGUGAUGCCUACUUUGGUUUUGUGGAUAAAAUUGUUGACAGCUCGAUGCGGGCGAAACGCAGAACAGCUACAAAUAGAAGAAAGUGACAUGUCUCUGGAGAUAGCUCUUUUCCUUUGGUUUUCUAAAUUGUAUAUGUAAAUUGUAAAGCCUUUUACAUGUUGUUAUGUAAUUUUCUGAAUUUGGGAAAUGAGUUUGGCGAAGAAAGGAACUGAGGUUUUUAAGCUUCCACUGCAUGUAGA